GCCGCGGUUUAAGUAGUUAAAUAAGGAAACGCAUAGCGGCAGUACCAAAUCGGCAAGUGAACACCUCAGACAUUGAGUCCAGUAACCCAGAGUUUGUGAAAGUGAAAAACGUUUGUUUUAGUGAAGAAGUGGCGAUACUGGAUUUAAGAAAAUCAUUUUUUUAGAUACUGUUUUUUAAGUAAUAAAAUCAUGUCAAAAUUUGGACUUAUGCUGCUGAUACUGGGCACAACGACGGUGCUCUGGCAACAGGCGGAGGCCAAACCGCUGUUCUUGUUGUCGAAAAACUUUUUCACCCUUACAACUAGAGCACCUUCCACUGGCAGCGGCUAUUCCUACUCACCCAGCUCCUCAGCAAGUGGUGGUCUCGCUCAACUACCUGUUGGCAUCAUAAGUAGCAAAUUGGGUAUCAUCUCUAGUCUACUUUCCACUUUUGGUGGCGGCAGCGGUGGUGGCGGUGGCGGUUUUGGACUUGGCUUCAAAUCCAAUGUGGCUCCCACAACACGCAGACCAAAGAAGACCAAGAGUACAACCGAACCGAAUACUGUCUUUACACCGGAGACAAGCACAAGAGCCUAUACAACAACAACAACUACCACUGCCGCCACAACCACAACAACGACCACUGCGGCACCUGAGGAGCCAGUGAGCACAACAACUGCUGCCACAAUCGAUGUCAAGCCAACAGUGAUCGCACAGCGUCCAGCUGUCAUUGAACCGACGGAAGCGAGCGAAAGUGUAGCUAGCAGCAAUGUAAAUAGUGGUUUCGAAGUCAUUUAUGACAAUACAAAUAAUGGAGAUCAGAGUGGUGCUUUAGCACUGACGAAUGCGGAGGGUACUUCAAAUGGUGCCAGUGGUGUCAGUGCUGCUAGCUCUAGUGGUUCUAAUGGUGGAUACGAAGUCAUUUACUCCAACUCUGGUAACGGUGGUUUGGAAGCCUCUGCUGGGGUCGGAGGUUUAGGUGGAUUUGGAUUUUCUGGUGCAGUUGGAGGUGCAGUCGGAGGUUCGGAGGUUUCAACAGAUGGUGCCAGUGGUGUCAAUGCUGCUAGCUCUAGUGGUUCUAAUGGUGGAUACGAAGUCAUUUACUCCAACUCUGGUAACGGUGGUUUGAAAGCUUCUGCUGUAGUCGGAGAUUCAAACGGAUUUGGAGGUUCAGGUGGAUUCAGACUUUCUGGUGCAGUUGGAGGUUCUAGCGGGUUUGGAAUUUCUGGUGCUUUCGGAGGUUCUAACGCUUUCGGAAUUUCUGGCGGAGGUGGAAGCUCCAGCACAGCAGGAAGUUUAAGUGCUGGUGGUCUUACAAGUGGUGGCCUCACGAGCGGACGUCCCUCGAAUGGUGGCUACAACUACAAUAAACCGGAAGACACAAGUGUGAACGAAAUUUUCGGCGGAAACUUGAGCAACACCUACGUGCCAGUGUAUAGGUACAGAUAGAGGAAGCAUGAUGGAAUUGAACUUAGCGGUCAUGAAUCGAAUCACCUUCGAUCUAAUUAAGUAUUUAGUUCUAGCAGUGUUUGUUACGAAAACGAUUUGUUAAAAUAAAAUAAAAUCUAAAAUAUUAAGGAAAUAAUUA